AUGGGUUGCGGAAUGAGCACAGAAGAAAAGGAGGGCAAGCAGAGGAACGAGGAGAUUGAGAACCAGCUCAAGCGCGACAAGAUGAUGCAGCGCAACGAGAUCAAAAUGCUGCUGCUCGGUGCUGGUGAGUCCGGCAAAUCGACCAUCCUCAAGCAGAUGAAGCUUAUCCACGAGGGCGGCUACUCUCGCGAUGAGCGCGAGUCGUUCAAGGAGAUCAUCUUCAGCAAUACGGUCCAGUCGAUGCGCGUCAUCCUCGAAGCCAUGGAGUCGCUGGAGCUGCCGCUCGAUGAUCAGCGCGCCGAGUAUCACGUCCAGACCAUCUUCAUGCAGCCCGCGCAGAUUGAGGGUGACAGCCUGCCCCCUGAGGUUGGAAACGCCAUCUCGGUCCUGUGGAAGGAUGCCGGCGUGCAGCAGUGCUUCCAGCGCUCGCGCGAGUACCAGCUGAACGACUCAGCCAAGUACUACUUUGAUUCAAUCGACCGCAUUGCCGCCCCUGACUACAUCCCCAACGACCAGGACGUCCUCCGAUCGCGUGUCAAGACAACCGGUAUCACUGAGACCACCUUCAUCAUCGGUGACCUGACCUACCGCAUGUUCGACGUCGGUGGCCAACGGUCGGAACGGAAGAAGUGGAUCCACUGCUUCGAGAAUGUCACCACAAUCCUUUUCCUGGUUGCCAUUUCUGAGUACGACCAGCUGCUGUUUGAAGACGAGACCGUCAACCGUAUGCAAGAGGCUCUCACACUGUUCGAUUCCAUCUGCAACUCGAGGUGGUUUGUCAAGACAUCCAUCAUCCUCUUCUUGAACAAGAUCGACAGGUUCAAAGAGAAGCUGCCUGUCAGCCCCAUGAAGAACUACUUCCCCGACUACGAGGGUGGCCCAGAUUACGCCGCCGCGUGUGACUACAUCCUUAACCGAUUCGUUUCACUCAACCAGCACGAGACAAAGCAGAUCUACACUCACUUCACCUGCGCGACAGACACAAUGCAGAUUCGCUUCGUCAUGGCUGCAGUAAACGAUAUCAUCAUCCAAGAAAAUCUCCGAUUGUGCGGUCUGAUAUAA